AUGGGUCAAAUCAAGAACCUGAUCGGCACUAUCCGCAAAAAGCCUGCUACGGCAGACGAUGGCAUGACCGAUGAGCAAGCUGGCCACCAGCAAGGCAAGACCUCUGUCAUGCACGACAUUCGACACCUCGGGGUCAAGAACUCGCUGUUCAUGGCAGAGGCCUUGAAGGAUUUGAGCUCGGGUGAUCCAAUCGAUGACAGAGAGCUGCUAUUGGAGCAUGGUGUCGAGAUGCUGCAGAGUCUCCCGCUCAACAGCGGUCUCUCCUCAGCGAUCUCCAACGGCUUCAUCAAGAUGCUGUGGCGUGACCUGCCACAUCCGCACGGCACAGUCGUAGGCAACACAGCCAAGUACAGAAGCGCAGACGGGUCAGGCAACAAUUUGCACAACCCUGAGAUGGGUAAAGCUGGCUCCGUCUAUGCGCGAUCAGUGCCGCCUAUGCGCCCCAAGCCCGCGAAUCUUCCUGAUCCUGAGCUUGUGUACGAUAUGCUCUUGCGUCGGCCUGACAACGAGUCGCCUUUCAGAGAGCACCCCGGUGGACUAAGUGCCUUCUUCACAUGCUUCGCCACCGUUGUCAUUCACGAGUGCUUCCAAACCUCUCGCGAAGAUCAUACCCGGAAUCAAACUAGCAGCUACGUCGACCUGAGCGUCCUGUAUGGAUUCAAUCAGGAGCAGCAGGAUGCUGUCAGAAGCCACAAAAAUGGAGAGCUGUGGCCCGACACUUUCAGCUCGGAGCGCAUUGCGAUGAUGCCGCCUGGUGUCGUUGCUAUCGUCAUUCUGUUCUCGCGUCACCACAACCACAUCGCAGAGCGUCUGCUGCAAAUUAACGAGUCCGGCAAGUACAAGCCCUGGAACGAGCUUGAUGAAGCGGGCAAAAAAGCCCAAGAUGAAGAUAUCUUCCAACUUUCGCGAAAUGUCAAUGUCGCCUUCUUCGCUACAGUCGUCCUCAAAGACUACGUCGCCGCCAUCCUCAACACGGUGCGCGCAGAUUCCGAGUGGUCCCUGAACCUUGGCGCCGAAAUUCGAGAGCUUGGCGGCGCUGGCCGAGUCGAGCGCGGUACAGGAGUUGUGAACAGCGCAGAGUUCAACAUUUUGUAUCGCUGGCACGCUGUCAUGUCGCAGAAGGACGCAGCAUGGAUGGAAGACACCUUGAAGUCAAGCUUGCCGGGUAUUGAAUCCGUGGAGCAGAUCGGUCUCAAGGAGUUCGGAAUCGUUGCAGCCAAGCACGCCCAAAUGACUAAGACUACUCCCGAGAAGGAAUGGCAAUUCUCAGGCCUUAAGCGCGAUCCUCAGACCGGCAAAUUCGACGAUGUCGCACUGGGAGAGAUGAUCAAGAACUCAAUUGAGGACCCAGCACACGCUUUUGGUGCUCACGGAACACCAGCCGCCCUCCGCAUUGUAGACUGUCUUGGCCAAAGACAGGCGCGGGACGUGUUCAACCUUUGCACUAUGAAUGAGUUCAGGAGCUACCUGAAUCUCAAGCCGUUCGAAACUUUCGAGGACUGGAAUCCUGACCCACAGGUUGCCGCUGCAGCGGCCAAAUUGUAUGGCCACGUCGACAAUCUUGAACUUUACCCAGGCCUCCUUGCCGAGGAAGCCAAACCAAGCAUGCCAGGGUCUGGCGUCUGCCCUGGACACACCAUUGGAAGGGCUAUUCUCAACGAUGCGGUGCAGCUGAUCCGUGCAGACAGAUUCCUCACAUUCGACCUCAACAGCAGCACCCUGACCUCCUGGGGAGCGCAGCAGAUCACUCAAGCUGCUCCUGGCGCUUACGGUGGCAUUCUGCCCACAAUCCUUUACCGCACCCUGCCUUCGCAAUGGCAGAGGUACUCCAGCUAUGCUCUGCUGCCUUUCUAUACUCCCAAGGCUGUGCGCCACAUUCUCAAAGAGAACAAGAAAUUGGACAAGUACGACACCUCUAGACCACCCAAGCAGCUCAAGAUGCACGGUGCUCACUCGUACGCUGCAGCUAAAGGUAUCUUCUUGGAUCGUGAGCGCUUCCGUGUGCCGUACGACGAAAACAUUGUGCAUCUCACAGGCGCUCGGUUCAUGAUUGGCCACGACGAUGCCUCUGGUCACGAUCCGAAGUCUUUGCGCAUGAAGAACGCAUUCUUUGGCUAUCCCGACUUUGCAAAGAAGGCUGAGCAAUACCACUUAGAGCACGCCAAGGCCAUCAUCAAAGAUCACAGUCUCUCCUAUCACAACGGCCAACGCCACGUUGUCGACGUUGUGCGAGACGUCUGCAACGUCGUCCCAAUCCGGUGGGCCGCUCAAAAAUACGCGAUUCCCCUCAAGACCAAAGAGAAUCCCCACGGACUCAUGUCGACGUUCGAACUAGGCCUGCUCUUGACCACCCUCUUCCUCUACACCAGCUUCGACCAAAUUCCUGCAGCAAGCUGGGUACUGCGCGAUGCUGCUGAGCAACAUGGCCCACAGCUCAUGAAGGUGUUCGAGGGCCGCCUGAAGACCAACUCAGGUGUCAAGGAAGCCAUUUUGGACCGUUUCGCUAAGGGCACCUCGUUCGAGGUUUCUGAAGAGGCAGACUUCCUCUAUCACUCCUUGAUCAAGACCGGCGAGCCUAUCAAGCAGCUCGUUGCGGACUGCACGGGUACGAUCAUUCCUAUCGCCGGCAAUAUGACCCAGCAACCGGGCCUUCUCAUCGAUCUUUUGCUUGAGCCGCACAACAAGUACGCACUCGAUCGUGUUGUCGAGCUCGUCAAGCAGGAUACUCCAGAAGCUGACAAGGAGCUUGAGGGAUGGAUUUGGGAAGGUAUGCGUCUGCGUCCUGUCGUUCUCGGCCUGCCCCGCAUCGCAGCUGUCGAUGUAGACCUGGACGACGGCCCUCGCGGAAACAUUGAGAUCAAGGCGGGCGACAAGGUGAUUGUCAAUACCGCUCAGGCACAUCUCGAUCCCAAUGUCUUCCCUGACCCCGAGAAGAUGGACCCAAGCAGAGAUCGCAAGCUCUACAUCCACAUGGGCGCAGGCCUUCAUUACUGCUUUGGCGCUGCGCUCGUCGUGCCAGCCAUUCGAGGCAUCUUCAAGGCGGUCUUCUCCUUGCCCAACAUCCGCAGAGCUGUUAGUGGUGGCCACUUCGUGGCUGCCAAGGAGCACUUGGGCCACAAUGCCGAUGCUGCCACUGCGACGCUCUUCCUUGACCACACGUCUCGCGAGUCGCCGAUUCCUUCCUCCCUCAAGAUCGAGUACGACUCUGCUUGA